CGUUCUCUUUUCUUUUUGGUAACCCUGUCAAUUCUCUUUUUUUUAUUUCUUUCUCUUUUACCUUAUGCUUCGACUUGAGCCAAGAAGACUAAGGGCAACCAGAAGCUUUUGGAGCUCAGCUGUUCUAUCUGCCAAAUCAACCGAGAAUCCAUAUACAAAAACUAUAUUAUUACCUAAAACAAGUUUUCCUUUAAGAGCAGAAGCUGCUAAACGCGAGCAUUUAUUUCGAGAUCGUUGCACAAAAGAGCUUUAUCCUUGGCAGUUGAAACAUAAUCCCAAAGGCUUGUUUAUUCUUCAUGAUGGUCCUCCUUAUGCUAAUGGCAAUGUCCAUUCUGGACAUGCCAUGAAUAAAAUCUUGAAGGAUAUCAUCAAUCGCUAUAAGAUGCUUCAGGGGCACAAAGUUUUUUAUCGUCCUGGAUGGGAUUGUCAUGGUUUACCUAUUGAAUUAAAAGCACUCGAGCAAAUACGUAGAAAAGGAAAGAAAUCAUUGACACCUACCGAGAUUCGUAAAAUAGCCCGAGAAAAAGCAUUGUUGGAAGUAGAUAAACAAAUGGCGAGCUUCAAAAGUUGGGGACCUUAUUUGACACUCUCGAACGACUAUGAAAUUCGACAGUUGCGUGUGCUAGUCGACAUGAUUAAACAAGGCCAUAUCUAUCGCCAAUUGAAGCCUGUUUAUUGGUCGCCUUCUUCCAGGUCUGCAUUAGCUGAAUCUGAAUUGGAAUACAAUGAACAUCAUGUCUCAAAAUCAAUUCAUGUACGCUUCCGUUUGUCUCAAUUGGCACCUGCCUUGGCCGAGAAAUACAAAUGGGGCGACACACCCUUGUAUGCUUUGAUUUGGACAACAACACCCUGGACAAUUCCUUCUAAUAAGGCUAUCUCUGUUCAUCCUGAACUUCGUUAUGCACUUGUUAAAGUAGGCCAAGAUGCUUAUGUUGUUGCUAGUGAUCGAGUAGAAGCACUUCAACAAGAACUAGAAGCAGAACACAUUGAGAUCUUGGAUCAAGUACAAGGAAGCGAAUUAUUGGGGUCUGAAUAUAUACAUCCAUUGAAUCAAGAAAACCUGCCUGUGAUUGGCGGAGAACAUGUUACUGCUGAAUCAGGUACAGGUUUAGUCCACACUGCUCCUGGCCAUGGUAUGGAAGAUUAUGAAAUCUGUCUUAAGCACAAUAUUCCUAUGCUCAGUUUAGUGGAUGACGAUGGUAAAUUUACGAAAGAAGCAGGUGAAAGACUACAAGGUAAAUUUGCCUUUACAGAUGGUAAUCAUGCAGUGAUGGAUAUGCUUCAAAACAAGUCUGCCUUAGUCUUGGCUUCAGAUUAUACACAUAAAUACCCUUACGAUUGGCGUACAAAACAACCUGUGAUGUUACGUGCUACUGCUCAAUGGUUUGCUAAUGUAGAACACCUUCAAACACAAGCAGUUGAAAACCUGAAAAAAGUACGCAUGGUACCUGAAGUGUCCAUACGUCGUUUAGAACAAUUUACAUUGUCUCGUAAGGAAUGGUGUAUUUCUCGUCAACGUGCUUGGGGUGUACCUAUUCCAGCACUUUAUGAUGAAGAAGGCAAUGCACUCUUAACUGAGACUUCAGUCGAACAUAUCAUUCAAGUCCUUCAAGAACGAGGCACAGAUGCCUGGUGGGAAGAACAAGACGACCAAGUAUUUGUAGCUCCAGAGUACCGCCAUAAAAAAUACAGACGAGGUUAUGAUACGAUGGAUGUCUGGUUUGACAGUGGUACUUCAUGGACCAUGUUAAGAGACAUGCCUGGUCGAGACCCACAACUUCCUUUGGCUGAUGUGUACUUGGAAGGCAGCGAUCAACACCGUGGCUGGUUCCAAUCAUCUUUGUUGACCAGUGUAGCAGUGACAGGCAAAGCACCUUACAGCACAUUAAUCACACACGGAUUUGCAUUGGAUGAAAAGGGUAAUAAGAUGAGCAAGAGUCUUGGAAACACACUUGAACCUGUCUUGAUUACAGAAGGAGGCCAAGACAAAAAAAAGAAUCCUGCUUAUGGUGUGGAUGUACUUCGUCUUUGGGUAGCCAAUUGUGAAUAUACGCGAGAUGUGUCGAUUGGCCCUUUGAUUAUUGCACAAAUUUCGGAUAGUUUGCGCAAGGUGCGUACUACGGCACGGUUCUUGCUUGGUAAUCUGCAUGAUUUUAAGCAGCAAGAUUAUGUGGAUUAUGAUCAAUUACAAGAAAUUGAUCAAUACAUGCUGCAUGAAUUAUACAGUUACAAUGACAGAGUAACUCAUGCUUAUGAUGACUAUGCGUUCAAUCGAGUGGUACAAAACAUCCAAAACUUUACUAAUAUUACCUUGUCUUCCUUCUAUUUUGAUCAUAUCAAGGAUAGACUGUAUAAUGAAGAAGCAUCUUCUAUCUCAAGAAGAAGAGUACAAACAGUCCUUUAUGAAAUCUUGAAAUCAUACACUGUAUCAUUAGCACCUUUUGUGUGUCAUACAGCUGAAGAAAUCUACGAUCAUUAUCGAUCCAUCACAACUAGACCUGAAUCUUCUGUAUUCAAGACAGGCUGGAUGAAAUCAAACAAACAAUGGCACAAUGUUGACCUAAGUCAGAAAUGGUCUGUACUUUUAGAUUUAAAAGGCCAAGUAAACCAAGUAUUAGAGUCUGCUCGACAAGAAAAACAUAUUCGUUCUUCUCAAGAAGCCGAUAUUACAUUAUAUUUAGAUAAAAACACACCUCUUGGACAUGUAUUGCAGUCCAUACAAGGCUCAGAAUUAGCUUCUUUAUUCAUGACAAGUCAAGUCACUCUAACAGACUCCAAUCAAGUACAAGGUGAUUUUGAAAGAGAUACUGUUGUUGAAGGCAAUGCAUGUAAAAUAGUACUUUCUAAAUCAAAAAACAACAAGUGUCCUCGUUGUUGGAAUUAUCAUUCAACUGAAGAAAACUCACUUUGUUAUCGAUGUGCUACUGUGUUGAACAAAUAAAUUAUUCUCAUGAUCCCCCUU